AACCAUUCAUUGACAUUAUGCUCAUUAUAAAUCAACCCCAUAGCUAUUCUUUCCCUUCAUAACAAUCAUCUCCGUCAUUUGUCAAAAACUCACUGCAUCACAAGCUUCUAGUUCAAGUUUUCCUAUAUCCUUCAGCACUUUGUCAAACACCAUGACCAUACUAUUUAGUAGUGGAAUGGAGCUUGCACCUUUUGUGACAAGCUCUGGUCUUCUCAAAAGAACAUGGGAUGCUAUCUCAUCUCGUCAAGAAGACAUCGUUUCAAACGUGGGAGUGGGACUUUCGUGGAAAGUUUAUAAAGAACAGGGUUCAGAUGUGACGAUUAUAGUGUUUGAGGUUACAACAGAUUCUAAUCUUCAAGCGGAUCAGGAUUCAUCUUCUGAUCUUAGGGAUAAGAAGCUCUUUCACUUUGACUUUCUUUGUACUAAAAAGAAUCCUAUUUUCUAUGUUAACAAAACUGCAGUUUCCCUCUUUUAUGAAAAUCGUCAGAAGCUUGAUCAAUUCAAAUCCGAGAUUAAUAGCUCCAAACCAUUGAUUAUUACUGGAAAUGCUCUUGGAGGAUCAGUUGCUUCUCUCUUCACCAUAUCACUAUUGGAUAGCAUUGGUUCGGGAAAGAAUCGCCCACUCUGCAUCACCUUUGGUUCACCCCUUAUUGGUGACAAGGGAUUACAACAAGCCAUAUCACGUAGUUCUAAUUGGAAUUCUUGCUUUCUGCAUGUUGUGUCACACAAAGAUCCACUUCCAAGGCUCUUCACCUCUGCAUUGAGCCCUCAAACCAGUGCUUACAUGCCUUUUGGAACAUUUCUCUUGUGUUCUGAUGAAAAUUCCACUUGUUUUGAGAACCCUGAAUCUGUUUUUGAAGUAUUCGUGGCAUUGGGCUCAAUCCGUGAUCAAAAUCAUGGACUUCAAUCCGUAGGAUAUGGAAACAUAGUGGAAAAUCUCCAUCGUAAAGCAAUUUGCAAGGACUUUACAGCACAGGCUAAAGGCAUGACUUAUUCUAAUUCACUGAAAGCAAGCAUCAGUUUGCAGUUGUGGGCACUAGGAAUCACACAGGAGCAACAACAGCAUAAAAUUGAUAUCAACACUUUGGUAACAAAGAUGGAAAUACUGGAAAAUAAAUUCGUUUUCCAGAAGAGGGAAACAUUUGAUCCAUCCAAGAAAUUGAAUUUAGUGAAGGUAGACAUGGCCCAACUUGAAUGGUACAAGAAGAAUUCUAAAAAUCGUAACAUAGGGUACUAUGACAGCUACAAGAAAAUGCUCUUGACAAGUGACCAAGACGUUGAAAAGUUCCAGAAAAACCUCACAAACUACUGGGAAAAGUUGGUUGAAGAGGCAGAGAUGAAGCCUCAGAAAGAAGGUUCAAAUUUUCGUACCCGCUGGCUUGGUGCUGGGACUAAUUACAGGAGAAUGGUUGAACCCCUAGCCAUUGCUAAAUACUAUAGGGAGGGAGGUAAAGACUAUGUGACUGAAGAAAGGUCUAAACAUUUUAAACAGUUAGAGGAGUGGUUGAAGGAAGGAAAAAAGAAAGCCACAAGUGACUCAACCACUUCAAGUAAGAAGAAUGUGGAAGCUCUUUUAACCAUAGAUUCUUGCUUUUGGGCACAUGUUGAAGAGGCUCUCCUUUCAUGCAAAGAGUUGAAGGUUUCCAAAGAGAAGGAGGAGACAUUGAAGAAAUUGGUUGAAUUUGAGGAGUAUGUUUAUGGGCUGCUCAAGAAUUAUGAAGUGUCACCGGAGAUUUUUUUGGCAGAAAGCAGCUAUAUGCGUUGGUGGAAUGAGUAUAAAGCAAUUAAGGGAGCUUCAUAUAAUUCAAAACUAGCAAGUUUCAUGAAUGAUGCUAGUAAGCGUGAGCAAUAUGCUGUGGGAGCUUAUGAUUUUCCCUGAACUAUCAUAAUCAUGUAAUAAAGCUAUUGUCUCAAGAGUGUAAUACUUUAGGAUAUGAUUGCAAUAACGGAUUACUCUUGCAUUUGGUACUCUAUUAUUAAACUCUUAUUUCUAUUCCUAGUUGUUUAGCUUUGGUGUUGGUUCUUGCUAGUAGUGGAGCUUUUCAUAGAGGCAGGGUGUGGCAGCUUUCCCUUCAAAUUUUGUCUUUCCACUCUCUUGCACCGACCAUUAUCCCUUUUAAAAGAUACUUCUUUCAAGCAGUACAAGUAAAAAGAAAGUUGAAUCAUUUUUAUCCAUUGAUUCUUGCUUUUGGGAACAUGUUGAAGAGGCUCUCCUUUGGUGCAAACAGUUGAAGGAUGCAAAAUCUAACGUGACAGAGAAGGAAGGGGCAAGUAGGAAAUUUCUUGAAUUUGAGAAGUAUGUUUAUGGAUUGCUCAAGAAUUAUGCAGUAUCACAAGAGAUUUUGCUGAAGGAUAACAGCUAAAUGACUUGUUUGAACGAGUAUUGAUAGGUCUAAGAGAUGUUGGCCCUCACUAUACACACGAUUGAGUCUAGUUCAGUUGGAAUCUGAGAUUAAUAUGCAACAAGAUGAGUUUUGAUGCGGGUUACUCUAGCGGCAAGGAUGUACCUAUGCUUGAAACCUUUCUUUGGUUUGGACAGAUAGGAGGAGGUACUAGCAAGGCAUUCCGACACUUGAGUUAUUAUUAAAUCAAUGAGCUUAAAUUAUAAUGAAGAAGAUGACCAUAUCUGGGCAUUGAGCCUUUUUUUAUAUAGUAAUGGCAUGCACUGCUUAUACAGUCUUAGUACGGUGGUAUUCAGUCUAUUUUUUUUAUUGUCAGGUAGUGUUUUAUUUGUCAUGCCAAGCUUUCGUGAUAUCCAAGAUUUUUAUCUCAUAUGUCCUUUACAAAAGAUAAAGAGAA